AUGCUGAGAGGAUCCACUGGGUGCACAAAGACAGCCACUCGCGGAGGAACUUGUUCAGAGUGGACCGGGGACGCUGCGAGGCGAGAUAAACAAUCCCUGGACUCGUGGCCACGAUCUCACGGCUUCGCCUUUCAAACACAAGAUUCAAACAUCCAUCCAACAAAUAUAAGGUCUGUUCAGAGCUGUCCCUCUGUCCGCAGACAGAGUGAUAGCGAUCUAAUGGACAUGGAGACCGACGUGACCGAGCCCCCCCACACUGCGUCACAACCCAGAGAGAACACUCGGGCCUUAGACCAAAAACAGCCUCUUCCUCCCCACGCCGAGACUGGAUCAGAAGCAUACGAACCACUGGACGGCCCAGAUGACGGCAGCUCUCUUUCAAACGCCAAGUGGAGGCCCAUUCCCCCCCUGCUGCCUGAACAUCACUCACAGAUCGAACAAGAUUCUGCGACCAAGGAACAGUGCUGUCAGACCGACGAGCAGCUUCACUAUGCUGGUCACUGUGUGGAACCUGGAGACCCACCUCUGCUGCAGCAGCCGCUGCAUACCUCCAAAUCAGGAAUUCAACAAAUCAUAGAAUGUUUUCGAACCGGCACAAGCCAGCUGAAGAACAUGCUGCUGAAGGAGGUGGACACCAUCUUUGAAUGUAAACUAUGCCGUAGUCUGUUCAGAGGUCUUCCCAAUCUCAUCACCCACAAAGAGUACUACUGCCUAUCCCGGCUGCCUGACGCUGACGGUGGCGAUGGAGACAAACAGGCUUUAGCCAUGAAGGACCUUGUGGAGGCCAUCUAUCCCAGAGCUGAACGUCCAGACUUUGUGGUUCGAUUGGAGCCAAUUCAGACCUCCUCUAAGGCAGUGUUUCAGUACCUCACCACAGAGGAAGAGAUGACUCGCUAUCCCUCAAGGACGCCCAGUGCCAGAGAGAGUCCAGUGGCGUGGGAGGGACAAUCCAUGGAGAGUGUGGACACUAACCAGCCAAGUCAACUGGUCGAGACGGAGAGUCGACGGAGCCCCAGUCCACCCCCUGUGGAAAAGGUGGAGCCUUCUGAAGAAAUACCUGCACCCCCUCCGGCUGAAGAAGAGGAGUCCAACAGUGGGGUUGAGGAUGUGACAAUCUCUUGCUGUCUGUGCGGUCAGGACUUUAACUCACGCCGCAGCAUCAGGCGUCACUGUCGUAAAAUGCACCAGACCAAACUUGAGGAGCUCCGUAAAUACACCGAAACACGCACUGUUCCCACAAGUCUCCUCUCCAUGGUGAAAGGUCGGCAACGGACUGUCUCAACACCCACUGGGAAGUCCUGUCCGGUUUGCUUGAAAACUUUUGCAACAAAAGCCAAUGUUAGGCGACACUUUGAUGAAGUUCAUCGGGGACUACGCAGAGAUAACAUGGCUCUCGGCAUUCCCACAAAACCAGAUCAACCCUUCAUUCUAGACGAAUCAGCCACCAACCGGAGUAACACAUCCUCUCCUGCCAAAGCUGUGAGCUCCAAACCUUCUUCGCCAAGCCAGGCCAAGCCCCAAAGCACCCCGAACACGCAGAGCAGCCAGAGCAGCUCCAUGUCCUGCCGCUGCUCUCUCUGCAAGAGAACAUACAGUUCACAGCUGAUGUUAAAGAGACACAUGCGAAUCGUCCAUAAAAUUUACAGUUCGAAGAAUCGAAACAGCGGCUCCACAACAGCUAAUGCAGACACAAGUCCUCCUCCUGUCACAAGCCCCAGUCUGGAGACUUCUACGGGUACUAAUAAUGUCAAGGUGAAACAGGAGACAAUCGAGCCUUCUGAUGAGGAAGGUCAAGAUGAACAUGAAGAGGCAGAAGAGGAGGAGGAAGAGGAGGAAGGAGUUGAUGUUGACAGCAGCCCUCCCCCAUCUCCAAGCGACAGCACGGGGACAGCCAAGAGUGCCCACACAAAGGCCGUCAAGGUUAAAGAGGAGGAGACCUCUCCAAGUCAGAAGAGCGGCGUAUCCAUCCCUCCAAUUGUCAAACACAAUGCACUCUCUGUUGGAUUUGACUUUAAGCAACUUUUCUGCAAGCUCUGCAAGAGACAGUUUAGCUCGCGCCAGAACCUUUCCAAGCACAUCGAACUCCAUACCGAUGGCACAGACAUUUUCAUAAAGUUUUAUCGCUGCCCCCUCUGCAGCUACGAGUCUCGCCGCAAACGGGAUGUGCUCCGGCAUGUGACUGUCGUGCACAAGAAGUCAUCGUCCUACUUGGCCAAGAUCAUGCCCAAACUGGAGAGUCGCGCCGUGAAGAAGCAGGCUGAGGACGUGCUUUCCAGUAACAGCACUCCCAACAAGAGGACCGAAAUCAAAGAGGAGGUCAACGGGCGCCACUACAGAUCACCCUCUCCACUCUCCAGGCGGCAGGAGGGCUCUUUGUCUGCCUCCUCUUCCUCUGCCCACCAUUCAACUCCUCGAAAACAGCAGGAGCACUCCAGCGGGAGCUCAUCUGCUCCAGCCACACGCAAAUGCCAGCCACGGCCCGUUAGCCCGCCCAUGACCCGCCACUCACACCAGCGCGCCUCCUCCAUCUCCCCGCACAUUCGCCGCCAGGACACCCAGGAUGAGAGCGGCACGGCAGGAUCCACAGAGGUCCGAGUCACCAAGAACUUCUCCCUUCACGCCUGCGAUCAGUGUGGACGCGCUUUUGCCAAGAAGGUUUUCCUGGAGUCUCACAAACUAAGUCAUCGAAACGCACCUGCAGCUGAGGCCACCCGAAAGAAAGGAGUAAACACUCGCUCCAGGUCUUUGAUCUGGUAA